CCUGCAAAAAUUCACAGAAAACCCGAAGAAUGGUGAAUUUCUGUUUAACAAAAAACUAAUUUUAAACUCCCGCCGUCGAAAUUUUGUCAAUGGGGCGCUCUUGCAUUUCCAAUCAACAAAUAUUAAACUGUGCAAUAUUUCUGUCAUUUUCAAGCGAUUUUCUUCAUUUUUUCGCUGAAAUUCACUGAAAAAUGACAGCUUUCGAAGAAUUUGGAAUUAUUCCGGAGCUUUCCGAUGCUUUAAGCUCAUUAAAUUGGACUCUCCCAACCGCCGUACAAUCCGAGGCAAUUCCAGCGAUCCUUGGAGGAGCCGAUGCACUAAUUGCAGCCGAGACGGGUUCAGGCAAAACCGGCGCCUUCUCCCUUCCAAUCGCUCAAAUUGUGUGGGAACGUCGAAAAUCGGCUGAAAAAUCGCAAAACUCGGGUCAAAAACCGGAAAAUUCGCGAGAAUUUCAAUUAAAUCGCGAAGAUCGUGACGUCAGCCUACAAAUCGAUAAAACGGGGCUCAAUUGCGAGAGCCGCGUGGCAAAAGAGUGGCACGGAGCCCGUGCAACGGCCGGAUUAUAUGGAAAUGGAAAAUAUUAUUAUGAAGUUACAGUUACCCGAGAUGGACUGUGCAGAGUUGGCUGGGCAACGCUGUCGGGAAGCCUGAAAAUUGGCACCGAUUUCGAAAGUUUCGGCUAUGGCGGCACUGGCAAAAAGUCAUUCGGCAAGAAAUUCGACGACUACGGUACCUCUUUCACCACAAACGACGUGCUCGGCUGUUUUUUGGACCUGGACGAGCUGAAAAUCUGGUGGUCCAAAAACGGAGUUCAGUUCCCGGUGGCCUAUCAAAUCGAUAAGAAGUUCAAAACCGCCGCCACGUGUCUUUACCCGGCGAUUUUAUGCCAAAAUUCUGGUCUCGGCGUGAAUUUCGGUGGCUCGGCGGCCUUCAAAUACCCACCUGGAACACAAUACGUGGCAGUAGCUCAGGCGGAAGACGGAAAUUUGAAAUGGUGGAGUGCCGCCGAGCAAUUAUCGAUUGAUUCGAGCACUCCGUUAUGUGUGAUUUUGGAGCCAACUCGUGAACUCGUACAGCAAACUUUCCAGAAUAUUCAAACGUUUGCUUCUGUAUUGGAUUCUCCUAAGAUUAGAUGCGUAACACUGGCUGCCGGAGAAAAUAUGAAUCAAAUUCUCCGUACCCUGGAAACUGGCUGUGAUAUUGUCGUCGGUACCCCAUCUCGCGUUUUCGAUCUCAUUCAUACCGGGAAGUUGGCCACAAAAAAUCUCCAAUUCGUUGUAAUCGAUGAGAUUGAUCAGUUUUUGGCUGGAAAAAAUAAUUGUGCGCAUCAAAUCGAGUCCAUAUUCAGAGUUCUGCCGUUGGUGGCUCAGGAUGGAACGAGGCGACAGGUGAUCGCGUGCUCGGCAACUCUUCACAAUUUCGAAGUCUGCCGUUUCGCAGACCGUCACAUGUCAUUUCCCCAAUGGAUUGAUCUAAAAGGAGCAGAUUGUGUGUCUGCAGACGUACAUCAUGUCGUCUGUCAUGUUGAUGCUUCUGAAGACAAACAAUGGAUCCGUCAGAUGCAUCAGCAGGUCCAUCUUGAAGAUGAUCACGUACACGAUGGAGAUCAAAUUCGCCCGGGAACCACUGACAAGGACACGAUAUCGCUAGGAACUAAGAUUCUCAAGGGGAUCUAUGUUGUCCGAGCAAUUCACGCACUUCAAAUGGACAAGGCCAUCGUCUUUUGCCGAACAAAACAACAGUGCGAUCAUAUGGAACACUUUCUUCAGCAGAAUAAUCUCUCGGCUGCCUGCCUUCACGGUGACCGAUCGGCUGAAGAACGUCAAAGUUCACUGGAAGGUUUCAAGAAAGGCAUUAUUCGAUUCCUGGUAUGCUCCGAUGUGGUGGCUCGUGGCCUCGAUGUUCAAGGAGUGCCUUUUGUAAUCAGUGUGACUCUGCCGGAUGAGAAAUCAAUGUACGUACAUCGUAUCGGACGUGUUGGACGCGCCGAACGUAUGGGAUUAUCGAUUAGUUUGGUAUCGGAGUACGAGGAGAAAGCAUGGUAUCACAAAUGUCGGAGCCGAGGAGUCAAUUGCACGAAUACUAAGGAUAUUUCGAAAGGAGGAUGCACAAUAUGGCUCCAGGAGAAAAAAAUGCUGGGAGAAAUCGAAGAGCAUCUCGGAGCCACAAUUUCCACAGUUGACAGUGAUUUCAACGUUCCAGUCGAUGAAUUUGACGGAAAAGUGGUUUACGGCGAACGGCGUACCGGCGGAGCCAAUUUCGAUACUCAUGUGCUCCAAUUGGCAUCUUCAGCUUCACAAUUGGCGGAUUUAGAAACAAAAAUGCAGUUGGAAUAUCUUAAUAAUAAUCGACAUGUUUUUGAAAUUCAUUCCAUGUGAUUUUCUACCUUUCUGUUGGAAUUUUCGAAAAAAAAACAUUUAUUUUUUCAAAUUUCGAAUAAAACGUAUUUUCUU